UCUAACUGUGGAGUGGCACCAAGUGUGUUAAAGAAACAAAUCAGGUACCUUUCAAUAUGGUUUACUUAAAAACCUUUUCGAUAUCAAUAUCAGAGUAAAUCAUUCAAAGAGAAGAUCCGACCAUAUAAAAGAUUAGAGACUAUCGCACAUGUGACCAGUUUCUCUCCCACGCCGUUCCCUUCGUCCCCAAUGCGUCCUUAAGGUCCCUGCUUCCCCGAAGGACUGAGAACCCUGGCACCCCCCUGGGCCUCGCCGUCGCAUGAUGGCGGCCCCGAAGCGACGUCCUGCAGAGCACUCGCCGUCGGUUCUCCUCAGCAAAGAAGCCAAUGACAAGAUCUUUUCUAUUGUGGGUCUCAAAUGCCAGGUUCUAUCCUCGGGGGUCGCUGACGUGCUGACGGCGGAGGUUGAGGAUGUCCCAGCUGACGACAAAGACUGGCAGCGUCUCCAUCCAGGGGUGCUGGUCGCGCUGACCAAGGACUACGUGCGCAAAUCUUAUUUCAUACAGAUAUACAACUUUGUGGAAUGGAAAAAGGUUUCAGAGUACAAUUUCACUCGGGGUUCGUCCUACCACUCUCCCUCCAGUCUGUUCCACCAUUUUCAAAACAAGAGCCUCAGGAUAGGUCUGAAAUUCGGCAGCGAAGUUGAUGCCGGCAACUUCACCACGGCGGUGCAGGCGGUGCAGGCGGUGCGGGACGGAAAGCGCACCAGAGCAGAGGGACGCCCUAAACCCCCGAGCGUCCCUCCUCCUCCGCGCCCCCCGCUUAGUCCGAGCGCCGUCCCAUCGCAGAGGGAAGAAGGAGAGAUACUCGCGAAGAAGGAAGGAAGUAAGGAGGAAGAGAAGUCAGAAGGAGAAGUGCGAGGGGCGUCUCCAUCUACUCUCCCGUCUCUGGGGGAGAAGGUUUCCUCGGCCAAGAAAAAACCCGUCGCCAAAAGGAUUUCGAAGGAGAUGAUCGGGAAGCCGACCAACUUCCAGCAUCUCUGUCACGUGGGCUUCAACCCCGAGGCGGGCUUCGUCUCAGAUGAAGCUAAUCACAAAGAGCUGCAGGCGCACUUCGCGUCGAAAGGAGACACCCCCAUUCGUCCUGCGCCUCCUCCUCCUCCGCCGCCGCCGCCUUCAACAAGGAGGCUCAAGUCACCAAAGAACAAAACUAACCUUCCCCUCGAGCCUUCCCCCUCGUGUGACAUCGACGAUUCGGCUGACGCGGACGACGAGAACCUGGACCGAAACGCUUCGCUCAAUUCCUUCUCUUCCCAGGUUGAGCUUGACGCGUCUACUGACAGUUUCGAAGUGCCCUCGGCCGUUUCAAACUCUACCUUAGACUCAAGCUUCACCAACAGCGCCUUCAGUGGUGAUGCUCCUGCUUCUGUUGAUACAAGUCUUCUGGACAUUGACCUUAUCGAGUUUGAAAGUCCAGCACCUUCCCCGUCUGUGUCUGUCUUUCUUGACGCCGACGACCAAGCGCGCGACCAAGCACCGGCGCCUCCCGAAGCAGAGCCAACACUCGACUCACCAGCAAAGGAACCAGAAGACCCGACGAGUCCCUCCAAGCCUGAGCAAGAGAUCCCCGACUCGUCACACCUGGACGCGUCGCCAUCUUCACGAGAAGACGAAUCCAGAUCCUCGCACGAUGAUCUCGACGAAUCCACAGCGGAGGAUGAGAUCAUCGAUAUCCUGACGCCGCCGACGCCUCCUCCUCCGCGCCGAAGGACGAACCGACCUCAGGACAUUGGCAGACCCCCGGAGCACCCCCCUCCCCCUCCUCCUCACCCACCGUCCUCGCAUUAUUGACUCCCAUUAAAUAUUUUGAUUUCUAUUUAUGAUUAAGAUGGUUGGGAAAAAAUCAAAGAACUAUACAAAUACCUCUAUGGCGAUGAUAUUCUUGUCGAUUAAAACUGAAGAGUAAAA